AUGGGUGUAUCCGGUCUUCUUCCGCUUCUCAAAUCUAUCCAAAAGCCAACUGAACUUAAAAAGUUCCGGGGCUUGACCCUUGGAGUGGACGCGUAUGGAUGGCUUCAUCGAGCCGCGUUCUCAUGCGCGGUCGAGCUCGGCCAGGGCAUACCGACGGAUAGAUAUGUCACAACUGCAAUGCAUCGGGUUAGAAUGCUUCGUCAUUUUGGGAUAACGCCGUACAUGGUUUUCGAUGGUGAUUACCUACCCAGCAAGGGCGCAACUGAGGAAUCUCGUGCCAAAAGCAGAGAGCAAAAGAAGAAGCUGGCUAUGGAGCUUCUCAGUGCAGGCAAGAUCGCCCAGGCCACCCAGGAGUUUCAGAAAUGUGUCGACAUCACCCCGGAAAUGGCAGCGACUCUCAUUCAGCAACUGAAGCAAAUGGACAUUCCAUACGUCGUUGCUCCAUACGAAGCCGACGCACAGCUUGUAUAUCUCGAACGCCAAGGACUGAUAGACGGAAUUAUUUCUGACGACUCUGAUUUGCUUGUAUUUGGGGCCAAACGAUUGCUUACCAAGCUGGAUCGAUACGGGAACUGCAUCGAAAUCAAUCGUCGUGAUUUCUGCGCUUGUCGGGAAGUUUCUCUUACUGGCUGGACCGAUGCUGAUUUUCGACGGAUGGCCAUAUUGAGCGGGUGUGAUUAUCUUGAAGGGCUCCCAUCGGUAGGAUUGAAGACAGCAUACCGGAUGCUUCGAAAAUCGAAAACGCCCGAAAGAGUCGUGAAGACGCUUCAGUUUCAAGGGAAACGAGUCUCUGAAAACUACAUGACACUGUUUUACCAGGCCGAGUUGACCUUCCUUCAUCAAUGGGUCUUUUGCCCCACGAGGCGAGAGCUCGUUCAUUUAACUGAACUCGACGGUUCACGGACGGCGGAGGAGAUGCCGUAUAUCGGUUCCUAUGUCGAGACCAGCACAGCACGUGCUAUUGCUAAGGGCGACAUGGAUCCCAUCACAAAGCUGUCUUUCAACUUUCCAACAACGCCUACCAAGCGGAGACACUCGCAAACGACGACAGCUGCCGCUGCACCCAUUCGGCCAGACACGAAGCCUAUCAAGUCAUUCUUCAAGAGACAUGAUAGGAUUCCAAUGGGGGAGAUGGACCCGAAUUGCUUUUCUGUUGACCCUCAACAAGUGGCCCAAAUCACUCAUGGAGGCUUGGUGCCACGGGUUUUCCCUUUGCCGAGACCGUACAUGCAAGAGCCAAGUGAAUCUUCACAAGCUGCCACCGCAACCCGUACGACACCAUCAGCAGAAGCAUCUGCUCGAAUCCACCGUCGUCGGACAGAGCCAAUCUCAAAUAUGCUGGCUCGCAUGACGAGCAGCCCAGUAGGCAAAACAGGACCCUCUAAUUCAGCAGGCAGUCUUCAAACAUCAUCGUCCUCAAAACUAGAACAUCCUGGCAUUCGCCCAUCCAAAAAGGUGCGUCUAUGUGACGAGAACAAUGACCAGGAGGGAUCGCCGAAGAAGAGUAGAUUUUUCGCCAAACCCAAACUUCCCCGUAGCCCCAGAAGGGCGAAGAGCGAUGCAUAUUUAUUGUCCGACGACUCAAUCGAGGAGGCGCUGCUUAGCCUUCCAGAUAUUGACGGGUGGAAGGCCGAGAAUAAGCCCAAGAAGUCAAUAUCGAUUUUCAAGGAUUCGAGCCAGACCACGAGCCAAAGCAGCAGUCAGGGUACUUCACAGCAAACCAGUCAGACUUCUCUCACCGAGCCUACUGAUUUAAGUCAGACUUCCAUGGCAGCAAGUGAUGUUGGGACGCCUCUGCUAGAAGAAGUUGUGCCGCUCCCCAAGCUUUCUAGCGGCUCUUCUAUUCCCGAGUCGCCUUAUCAGCUGAACCUACAGCGUUUCUCAUGCUCAUCGACUCCAAUUUCGGAGGCAUCGUCUCGCCGGUCUUCCAUUUUCAGCAGCAGGUCUAUCAAAUCUGUUACGCCUUCUACAGCCCCAUCAACAGCAGCCUCGAGACCCACACCACUUCAACGCCUUGCUGCAAAAGCGUUCAAUGGCCCAGUCUCACCACAGCCUCGAACUAUCAAGAGACCUGCUGCAAAGCCACCUGUGCCGACAUUACCUGUUAAUCCUCCCUCUGUACCGCUUCCUAAAGUCGACCUUGCUGAGAUGGAAGCUUUGACCAGACCUUUCGAUGGGGUCGGUAGCGAGGAUCAGAUCAUCCCCGAUAGCGACGAGGAGGCUGAAGAUGAUGUCGAAGACGGCCGACCUCAGAAAAGACUUGAUCUAUCCCGGUUUGCCUUCGCCUUGGCCUGA